AUGGUCAGCGGUGCUCUUAGAGAUGAUAUCGCGGCUAUCGGAGCUCCUCAUGGCGCUGGAGCUUCCGGUACCAGUGGUUUUCCUGCUAUGCAAGGGAAGCUGUUGACUGCUGGAAAUAAGUUCAUCCAUAGGUUUUACGAUAAGGAAGCAGCGCGGAAAAGGUUAAAGGUUUAG